AUGGAAGAGAUCGAGCGACGCUUCCAGGCGCUAGAGGGAGCGUUGCAGGCUGCCGAACAACGGGUGCAGGCUGCAGAGGAGCGCGCCCUGGCGGCGGAGUCAGCAGCAGCGAGCGCAGGCGCCGCGGCGAGCAGGCCCGUGGCAGCGGCGAGGGCUGCGCCACAGGAUCUAGUGGACACUCGGCUUCUGGCGAAGCCGAAGGCGUUCGGAGGCAGCGAGGACGAGUGGCCAGGGUGGAGCUUCAAGAUGCUCGCGUAUCUCGGGGCCCUCGACGAGAUGAUGGCCAACGAGCUGACGGCGGCUAUGACGUUCCCGCUGGAGGAAGUGAGGAACGCGAGGCUUCUGGAGGAAGGAGCGAGCCAGCGCAGUCGUCAGUUGUACUUCAUCCUCGUCCUGCUGCUGGAAGGAGCUGCACUCCAGCUGAUCAAGCCAGUCGGCGUCGGAGAAGGGUAUCGGGCGUGGAGGACACUACAAGACAUGUACGAGCCCGACAGACCCGGUCGCCACGCAGGACUGCUGCAGGAGCUGAUCGCGUUCCAGUUCCCAGAGGACAACAUCGUGGGGACGCUGGCGGACUUCGACUUCAAGGUCACGAAGUACGAGAGUCAGAGCCACGAGAGGAUCGGGGACAGGAUCAAGAUGGCGAUCCUACAACGGGGAAUUCAGGACGAAGCUCUUCGAGCACACCUGGUCCACAACGCGUCGAGGCUGACCACGUGGGAGCUCAUGCGCAACGAGGUGCACAUGGUGAUCUCGACGAGGAGCGCCAUCUCAGCAGUGCCGCCACCAGUCCCGAUGGACACGAGCGCCGUGGAGAAGGCGAGGCGCGAGCGCGACAAGGGCAAAGGAAAGAAGGGCAAGGAAGGCAAAGGCAGGAAGGGCAAGGGCGGCGACAACUCCACGGACCAGAGGAGCCAGGCGGCCAAGGACAGGGCCGAGAAACGGUGCUUCCACUGCCACAAGACCGGCCACGUCAAGAACGAGUGCAGGAAGUUCCUCGCAGAGCAGAAGAAGAAGAAAGGCACCAAUGCGGUCGAGCAGGAGUCGAAGCCGACGGGAGCUCCUCCAGCGGCGAGCGCCGCGGGGAGCGCGGCGCCGGUGAUGGCGAUCGCGACCGAAAGCGGGGCAGAGCCACUUUGGUGCCUCGCGAUCGAGCUGGAGGAAGGGCAGGAGUCAUCAUCGACUGGAGCAGCAGCGACGCCCUUAGCACCAGCGACGACAGCGAUCCACCUUCGUUCGAGCGAGCCGUCAAACGAGCACGAGCAGCCGAGGCAGCCAUUCUCGGUCGGUGCCAACCCGAUCGAGCAGCUGAGCCAGCCAGGGGCAGCAAACGAGCACGAGACGUUCGGGAGCAAGGAGAUCAUCGGUAUCAAUGAGCACUGGGUCAUGGUGGAUUCGGGUGCUGCGCGAUCGGUGUGUCCGCCGAGUCACGGGGCCCACGAGACACUCAGAGACCUGAGCGAGCGCAUCCGGCUGGUCGGAGCGAGCGGCGACGACAUCCCGUGCCACGGCGAGCGCUUCGUCACGUACACGAAGGACGGGCACAAGAUCGGGGUAGACUACAAGGUCGCCGACGUCAAGAGGCCGGUGCUGGGCGUGUCGCAGGCGGUCGACAAGGGCACGUCGUGGGUGUUCACGCCGAGCGGGAGCUACAUGAUCCCGAAGCCGAUCGAGUUCUCGGACCCGGACGCCGUGCCGCUGGUCAGGCGCAACGACUUGUUCUACCUCAAGAUGGACAAGUACGGUGAAGGCGUCAAGAACUCGCUCGUCAUGCCGGUGCGGGGCGAGGAGCCAGGAGGCGAGGCCGGCGGCGCAUCAGCUGCGUCCAGGGCAGCGGCGAGAGCCGCGCUCCAGGGCGGCGGCGGCGGAGGAGCUGCCGCGACUCACGCUCAGGCUGAGGCGAGCGAGCCGGCAGCGCAGGCAGUGCUCGAGGAGUCCGUGCCGGUUCGAGUCAAGAAGGAUCCGGUGAAGCCAAGCCUGGCCGAGCAGAGGACGCACGAGCUGGUGCACAUUCCGGCGAGGUCCUGGUGCUGGGUGUGCGUCAGAUCCAAGUUCACGGACGACCCGCACUACAAGGCCGGGCACGAGCGCACGGGCGACGAGGUCCAGAUCGACUAUUACUUCCUGGGCCAGCUGAGCAUCCUCAACAUGGUGCACAUGAACUCCCAAGCUAUCCAUGGCAUCAUGGGGCCGAAGGGUACCGACGCCUACAUGGUCAAGACAGCGGUCGCCACCAUCGAGAACUGGGGGCUGGAUCGCAUCGUGCUGAAGCACGACCAGGAGGCGUCGAUCACGGCCCUGGCGAGGGAGAUCAAGGCUCAGCGGAAGGCGCCCACGAUGGUCGAGACAGCUCAGCGGGCUAACCAUCAGGGAGUCGGUGGAGUGGAGCGCGCCAACGAGGAGCUCGGCAAGCAGAUCAGGGCGCUGCUGUUCUCGGUGGGCGACAACUACAAGCGGGAGCUCCCAGCCGAGCAUGGGCUUCUACCUUGGCUCAUUCGGCACGCUGGCUGGCAGCUCAACCGCUUCACGGUGCACGGCAACGGCAAGACGACCUACGAGGUGCUCAAGGGGAGGCCAUAUCGGGGCGAGCUCGUCAACUUCGCGGAGUGCGUUUGGGCGAGGGACCCCACGCCGACCUCCAAGCUGCAGCCUCGGUGGCACGCGGCGGUGUGGCUGGGCAAGACAGAGGUUUCGGACGAGCACCUGGUGGCGGGUCCAACGCGCACGACGAGGGUGCGCACGGUGAGACGGCGACCGGAGGGCGAGCGGUUCGUGCUGGAGGAGCUGGACAAGUUCGCUGGGGUGCCGUGGGACAUGCACCGGGCUCCACAGAUCGGCAUCGUGCCGGCGGGAGCGCCCCAGGUGGAGCCGAACCAGCAGCGGCUGAUGCCGCCACCUCCGCCACCGCCGGUGGCCUUACCGGCUGCGGGCCCGGAGGCGCUGGUGCCACCAGCGAUGGUCGGGCCGGCGCCGCCCGCGGGGCCAGGAGGCGCAGGGCUGAGGUCGACGUACAUCACGAGGGCGUUGAUCGACAAGUACGGCUGGACCCCCAUGUGCCCGAGGUGCGUCACAGGCAUGGGAUCGCACAGCGAGGAGUGCCGGAAGAGGAUCGAGAACGAGCUGCGCAAGGAGGAGAUGGCCAGGGCAGCGGCGGAGGCCGCGCCCUCGUCGGCAGCGGCGGGGGCUGCGCCGACGCCGGCGGCGGCGGGAGCCGCGCCGGGGCCAGCGGCUGGAGCUGGAGACGGCAGGCCAGGAUCGUCCGGGGACGCCAGCAUGGCACCUCGCGAUGACCAGGGCGAGGCGUCGGCGAAGAGGCCGCGCCAGACAGCGGCGAUCACAGUCGGGUCGCUCGCGGUCGGGGCCUUCGUGGAGAUCAAUCCCUGCACGUACGAGGGCCUGGACCAGCAGUCCCACGAGGAGCUCGAGACGGUCACGGAAAUCGAGAGCUGCGAGCCGCUGGAGAUCGGGAUGUUCGAGGUCAGCCCCGUCGAGCCGGCGGCGAUCACGGUCCUGCCAGACACGGAGAAGCACGUGUACGACGCGAGGAGCGGGAAGGAGCUCCCCAGGGACCUGGUCAGGCGCGGGCGCGAGGCCGAGAUCGAGGAGAUGCGGCGACACGGCGUCUUCGAGGAGGUCCGCGUGGCUGAGAGCCGGGGCAAGGUGGUGCGUUUCAAGUGGGUCGAGGACCUGCGCACCAAGGACGGCGUCGCCAUGGAGAUCAACACGUACGGCCGAGAGGACUGCAACGCGGGCACGCCGCCGAUCGCCAUCGUCAGGCGCAAGAUCAGGUGGACGGGCAAGGGGUUCGUCUGGAUCGGCGACACGAAGCACGUGACGAGGUGCGUGGAGCUGCUGGGCCUUACGGAGUGCAAGCCGGCGGACACGCCUGGGAGCAAGGCCACGGGCAAGAGCGUCCGGGAGGCGCUGGAUCCACUUCCACACGACGAGGCGAAGCUCUACCAGCAGGUCGCGGGGCUCGUCAACUACGUGGCGGUAGACAGGCCGGACAUCCAGUUCGCGGUGAAGGUGAUCCUCACGGACAUGGGGAAGCCCACGGUCAUCAGCAUGCUUAGGCUGAGGCGGUGUGUGCGAUAUCUCCACGGUCGGCGCGAGCUCGGGUGGUUCUACGAGAAGCAGGAGAUGCCCAAGGCGGUUCUCUACGAGACGGACUCGGACUGGGCAGAGGAUGAGAUCACGAGGAAAUCGACCAGCUCCGUGUACGGCUUCUUCGGCAGCCACCUUCUGGAGACCCAGGUGGCGUCGCAGCCCGUCGUCGCGCUCAGCAGCGGAGAGGCCGAGUUCUAUGCCAUCGGCCGAGGCGCGGCGAGUGCGAUCAUGAUGCGGCAGUUCUACCAGCAGUGCGGCAUCGAGGUCGCGUCGAAGGUUCACAGCGACUCGAAUGCAGGCAGGGCGAUCGCGACGCGGAUCGGCAGUGGCAAAGUACGGCAUCUACAGAUACGAGACCUGUGGGUGCAGGAACGAGUCAGGCUCGGCGAGUUACAGCUCGGGCGAGUCGACACGGAGAGCAACAGGAGCGACUUGGGGACCAAGCAUCUGGACGGCAAGCGGGUGCUCAAGUUGCUGGAGAUGUCCAACCUGCGGCUUCUGACCAAGGGGCUCGCCGCGGGCGUGGGCGUCACUUUCACGGAGGCGGCCGAGCAUGGAGACAAGCAGUGCUCCGCGGCCGCUGACGACGAGGUCGAGUCGAACAUCGGCUCGAUCGUUCUCGCCAUGAUCGUGUUCAUCAUCGCGCUGGUGCUCGCGGUCAAGGGCGCAGUUGAGUGCACGAGAGGGGCGGUGCAGCUCUUCUCAUCUAGGGCCGACGGCACGGCGAAGCCCGAGGCGGCGUCGAAGGACGCGCCUGAGGGGCAUGUCGUUUCUCGGGCAGCGGCGAUAGCUGCGCCUGAGCGGGUCGCCGAAGGGCGAAACCUCGGUUCGGAGUACUUCGGGAAGAUGCUGGCUGAGGCCACCGUGGCAGAGCUCAAGGAGGAGCUCAGGUGGCGGAAGCUGCCGGUGAGCGGCUUGAAGGCGGACCUCAUCGUUCGCCUGACGAGGGACGACGGCCAGCACAUGGCCAGCAGUGAGGGGCUGGCUGCAGCGGCGUGGGCCGCGCGGCUGGUUCCAGGCAGGGUGCCUAUCCGAGCGUUUCGCUCGGAUGCGAGUCUAGGCUCGCACCUAGGACCAGCGAUGGGCAGGGGCUACGAGGAGGUGGGCACUGCCGGCGAGGGCGCGUACGGGCUGGUGCUGAAGUGCAGGAGCAGAGCCUCCGGGGAGCUCGUGGCCGUCAAGCGGUUCCGCGAGCUCGAGUCCGAGGACGAAGAGGCGGCCAGGGUGAUGCAGCGCGAGAUUGACAUACUGAGGUCCUUGAGGCACGAAAACAUCGUAGAGAUGCGGGACGUCUUCCGCGACCAGGGAGUGCUCCACAUCUUGAGGAAGUACGUGGAGGAGUGCUUGGUCGGCAUGCUGGACAAACACCCCUCUGGGCUGGGCUCCGACGCGACGCGGAGGCUAACGGCCCAACUCGCCAGGGCCGUUGGGCAUUGCCACGACCGCGGCGUCAUCCACCGCGACGUCAAGCCGGACAACGUGCUCGUGAGCGCCAAGGACGGACGGCUCGGUGCGUCUCUGCGACUUCGGCAGCGCGUGCCGGCUGGUGCCCAACGGGGGCCCGCUCACGGACUACGCGGCCACCAGGUGGUACCGGGCGCCCGAGCUGCUGGUGCGCUUCGACGACUACGGUCCCGGGGUGGACGUGUGGGCGCUGGGGUGCCUCCAGGCUUCCCAAAGGGGAUCUGA